AUGAAGAUCCAAAUGCGCAUCUCUCGAACUUCCUGGAGCGAAGAGUUGGAUCAUGCUCUGCCUAGAGUGGGAAUUAAUAGAUGGUCAGAUUUGGCCAAGGAAUUCUUGAACAAGUACUUUCCCAUGGCGAAGACCGCAAAGCUGACAAGAGAUAUCAUGCUUUAUAAGCAACUGGAUGGAGAAUCAGUAAGUGACGCGUGGGAACGAUACCAAGAAAUGCAGAGAAAGGUUCCUCAUCAUCAUAUCACUCGAGAAACCUUGAUCCAAAAUUUCUACAAUGGAUCAGAUGACCAGACCAGGAGUAUAAUUGAUACAGCCGCAGGAGGGUCAUUGAUGAGGAAGACCACUAACGCAGCAUUUGAGUUGUUAGAUGAGCUGGCAGUGAACAGCUGUUCUUGGCCAACCGAGAGGGCCAAAGCACCUGCUCAGAGAGGAGCUAUGGCAAUUAAUAUUAACCCAGUGGCGGAGACAGUCAAAUCAUUACUGCAGGAUUUUCUCACAAAACAAGUUGUAGCAACCAACACUCAUAGUGUGGCUGCAAUUCAGAAUAGCUGUGAGGUUUGUGGAGAUCUUAAGCAUGUGGCGAGUGAGUGCUAUGUGAUGUCGCAGCCGUUCAAUGAGCAAGUCAACUUUGUGGGAGGACAGAGACCAUUCAAUGAUCAUUAUUCCAACACAUACAAUCAAGGAUGGAGAAAUCACUCAAAUUUCUCAUGGAAGGAUAAUGGAAGCAAUACCCAUAACCAGGCAGGUCCUAGCAAGGAGAACAAAGACCACAGCAAAAUCAGGGAAACUUCCAGAAUCAAGGCAGCUUUUACCAUCAGAACAAUAGGCCACAACAUCCACCUGAAGGACGCAGAGACUCAACAAGCACUUAAGAAUCAUGCUGCUACUAUUCACAAUCAAGAAUUGCAAAUACAACAGAUGGCUAAAGCACUCCAAAACCGAAAUCAAGGUGGUUUACCGUCCACUAGUGAGGCAAAUCCAAGAGAGCAAGUCAAGGCGAUAACACUAAGGAGUUCAAAAGUGUUGCCUAAAGAUCAUGCAGAGAAGGUUUUAUUAGAAGCAGAAAAGGAGUAG